AUGACUCCAUUACGCGGACAACUAUUCCGAGCAGCACUCCGCCCGAUUGUUUUGUGUAAACAUGGUCUGAAUAACGCAAAUAUAGCCCACUUCGGCACCCUCUACAGGAAGACACAAGAGCAAAAGACAACCGCCACCCAAAAGCCGAAGGCAAGCGAUUAUUUCUCGAGGCGAGAGAUCGCUGCGCUUUUUCUGCAGCCUUUGUUCGUCAUAGUGGUGUACCUCACCGUCGUCUGGCACGGCUUCAAGUACUACUGCAACAUCAAUAGCAACACGGAUAAUAGCCACAUUCAGAUCGACCAAUUCGUAAGUACGCUGCGGUGGAAGUACCGCGCCUACCGGUUAAAACAAAGCAGCGGUGGAGAAUAG